AUGACACAACUUAAACCGGUACGAAUACCGGAUAACACGAAAAGAUUAAUGAAUUCGAUUUCAAAAAUAGUAUCCCUUUUAAAUAUUAAGUCAUUUUCACAUUCAUUUCUUUCAUAUUUAAUAUGUUGUCUUAUUAUUUGCAAUUUAAAUUCAUUUGGAGUAUAUUGCCAACAAAUAAAUUCAGAUGGAACUAUUUCUGUACCUUUUAUGCAAUGGACUGAUUUGAAAAGUAAAUUAUCUGGUUCUGCACCGCCUGGAUUGAAAGAUUUCGCUUUUGGAUAUUCUAAAGAGAGCAAUUUAGUAAUAAUUUUCGGUGGAACAACACCGAGUGGGGGUAAAUCUGGAAUAACAUAUAUAAUUGAUUUCAAUGAAAAUUCGUGGAAGAGACCUGCCGAUUAUGGAUUACCUACAUCUAAUCAACUUAAUCCGGAAGCAAGGUCAAAUAUGAUUUUUGGAGUUGAUAAAUCUUCAAGUUAUCGGAAUGCGUUUAUUAUUGCUUGUGGUGUAGGAUCUGGAAACAUGCUUUAUAAUGAUGUUUGGGCAUUUGAUUUUAAUUAUAAACAAUGGACUAAAGUUGAAAAUGUUACCGGAGAAAUUCCGCCAAUGUAUGGUAGUUUUGGUGGAAUUGAUGUUACAUUGGCAACACCAUCUCAAACGGAAGAAAAAAAUACACUAUGGGCAAGUCAUGGAACAAAUGGAACCCAUUUUUUUACUGAUCUUUAUGCUCUUGUUUUAACUGGAACGUUAAUUCCAAAUUUGAUGACCCUAACAGCUACUUGGUAUAAAGUUCCUGUUGAUGGAGAAAUUCCUACGGGACGUAAUUCAGUUGCAGGUACUAUAUUACCAAAUAAAAGAUUGGUAAUGUAUGGAGGAUGUGACAAUCUCGAAGGAAAGUGUGCAAAAUCUGAUGCUUAUUCUUUGAAUUUGGGAAGUAAUUAUCUCAAUGGACAAAUUCCAACUAGUGCAACACCUUUAUGGAGCAAAAAGAAUUCUUGUCUGGGAGCAAGAUCAGGAGCUGCCAUGUCCAUGAACAGUAAUCCUGCUAUCACUUACCCAAAUCAAGCAAUUGUUUAUGGUGGAAGUUCACCUGAAGGAAAAUCUGUUGGAUCAGAUGGUGAAAUCGGUGUGUUAGAUGCUGAUUUGGGAAAUUGGGUUCGUGUUCUUCCGGAAAGAGAUCCAGUUUCCGGAUUUCCACCUCAAAGAGCUGGAGCUCAAUUGAUUCCUAUUCCAGUACCGAUUGGUGCAGCCGGAAUUGCAGCUACGGAUAUUUUAUUAUUCGGAGGAGAAGGUUUAGAUGGGAACAAAUCCAAUUUAAAUGAUCUUUGGUUAUUGAGAUUAUACACAAAUGCUACUUCAGGAGAUGCAGCGAAAUCAUCACCGAUGGAAUUUCUUUCAUGUAUUCAAGAUGUUAAAGUGCCUAAUUCUGGAGAUGGCGAUAAUAAAUCAGGUGAUUCGUAUGAUUUCUCAAAGUCAACUCCAAAAGGUCAUGUGCAGUUUUCAACAUUAAGUUAUUUAUUAUUGCCAUUAUCAGCAUCAGUUAUAAGAUUUGGUUAUGGAUCAAAUCAGAAAUUUACAAUAGCAAUGCUAUACACAAUAUUUAUAGCAGCUUCAUACGCAACGGCAUUUUAUGGAUUUGCAAUAGCAUUUCAGGACAUUCCAAAAUCCUCCCAUCAUUUUGUUACAUCGCAUGGAUUAAUAGGAUUAGUGUUAUUAAUAUUAUUGUAUAUAUUUGUACCUAUAAUGGCCAUUACAUCAUUAUGCGUAAUUGGAGGAUCAGGAUGUUUUAAUUGGCGAAAUUCAGAAUCAAAUUCAAAGUCGGUUAAAUCAUUUGAAGUUUCUAGACCAGGAAAUCGAUUAGCAUCGGGAGAAGUUCCACCAACGGUUAAACCUUCUAAUAAUUGGAUGGAAGCGAGAAAAGGUGUUACGAUGGUUGAAAGUCAUCCAACAAUGUCAUCACAAGGGUCAAGGAACGAUAGUUUACAAAAUGGUCCAACCUCAACAAUAACAUCACAAAGUUCUGCUAUAACGAAUUCAAGUAGACGAGGAUUAGACGCGCGACCAAUCCCAUCAAUUCCAGAUCAAUCACAUCCAGCAUCAUCUUCAUUUGCAAUAAAAACAAAACAUGCUCAUCAUAUAAUCGCACAAUUGAUUUUAGUGUUUACAGCGAUAUUUAUUGGAGUGUCAUUAUAUAAAACGAGGAUCGUAGGCUCAUUAUAUUUUUAUGCAUUUAUUGGAUUUAUGGUAAUCAUUUAUUUAAUUUGGAUUAUUGCAGCCUGGUAUGGAUAUCCAAAGGGUAGAAACAGUUUACUUGUAUUAAUAAUGCAUGAGAUUGGUUACGGUAAAGGUGAAAUUAACGAAAUGAAAAAAUACGAUUUUGAAGGAUAUAAUAUUAAUAGUAGUGGUGGUGCUACAAUAUCGUCACCACAAUCUCCUUCUGAUAGGAUGAGAAAUGUUAGAAGCGAAGAAGAUGAUGAUAUGGAUGAAGCAGCUGAACAGGCUCAAUUAGAACAAGAUAUGUAUAAUAGAGAAGUCGUUGUUAUGACAAUACCUAAAAGACGAUUAACGGUUGUAAAUGCAUAA